AAAGGCAGGACCAUGGGCGUCCAGGAGCGGGAAGUGCGGAGGCGGCGGGGCUGAGCCCCCGCUGGGACCUCCGGUCCGGCCAUGGGCGACCGCGAGCGCAACAAGAAGCGGCUACUGGAGCUGCUGCAAGCUGCGGGCACCGGCAACACGCACUGCGCCGACUGCGGGGCUGCGGAUCCUGAUUGGGCCUCUUACAAGCUGGGGAUUUUCAUCUGUCUCCACUGCUCUGGCGUCCACCGCAACUUCCCAGAUGUCAGCAAAGUUAAAUCCGUGAGACUGGACUUCUGGGACGACAGUAUGGUGGAGUUCAUGACCAGCAAUGGGAAUCUCAACGUGAAAGCCAAGUUUGAAGCCAGAGUCCCAGCUUUCUACUACGUCCCUCAGGCCAGCGACUGCCUGGUCUUAAAGGAGCAAUGGAUUCGAGCUAAGUAUGAAAGACAAGAGUUUAUAGCUCAUGAGAAAGCUGUCUCCUCCCCAGGUGACCGAGAAGUGUUCCUGUGGAAGCGGGGACGCGACAAUGCACAGUUCCUGAGAAGGAGGUUUGUCCUUCUGGCAAGAGAAGGCCUCCUGAAGUACUACACCAAGGAGGAGGGUAAAGCCCCAAAGGCUGUCAUCCACAUCAAGGACUUGAAUGCCACCUUCCAGACGGAGAAGAUAGGCCAUCCCCAUGGGCUGCAGAUCACCUACAGGAGAGAGGGCCGCAUCAGGAACCUCUUUGUGUAUCAUGACAGCGGGAAGGAGAUAGUGGAUUGGUUCAAUGCUGUCCGUGCGGCCCGCCUGCAAUACCUAAAAUUGGCCUUUCCUGAUCUCCCAGAGUCUGAGCUCGUGCCGCUCAUCACCAGGAACUACCUCAAACAAGGCUUCAUGGAGAAGACUGGUCCAAAGCAGAGAGAACCCUUCAAGAAGAGAUGGUUUGCCCUGGACGCCCUGGAGCGGAGGCUGCUGUAUUAUAAGAACCCCCUGGAUGCUUUUGAGCAGGGCCAGGUUUUUCUGGGAAGCCAGGAGCAGGGAUAUGGAGUAUCCGAGGACUUGCCCAAGGGUAUCAGAGGGAACCGCUGGAAGGCUGGACUCACGGUCAUCACUCCAGAGCGGAAGUUCAUCUUCACCUGCCCCAGUGAGAAGGAACAGCGGGAAUGGCUGGAGAGCCUGCGGGAUGUCCUGUCCAGUCCCCUGUCACACCUCAACCUCCUCACUGCCUCAGCAGAGAGUGGCUGUGGCCUCAGGUGACCCGUCUCCGAAGAGCUGGCUGGCCCCUGAGCACCUGAAAUCCUGGAGAAGUGUUCACCUCUGCCCUGGUUGUCCAGAAGGAAGCCCUGAGGCCAGCAGCUGCCCCUGUCCGUGAACUCUGUCAAGACCAAGGGUGUGGUUUAUCUUCUGGCUCCCAGGAUCCUUCCAGCAAACAUGUCCUAGCCGCGGGGAGCUGGUACGAGGAAGAAAGAAUUUAGCUCUCCAAGCUUAGAAGUCUUGAAGGCUUCCUCAUAUCUGCACCAAGAGACUGGUGCGGGGAUGCAUGCCCGUCAAGAGGCAGGAGUGCCUUGAGUUCAGUGCCAGCCUAGACCAUACAGGGAGUUCAAGUCCAACCUGAGUUACAUAGCAAGACCUUGUUUCAAAAAACAAAAACAAAAGCAAGCAAACAAACAGCAAUAAAAACUACAGAGAGGAGGUGGAGACAUUGUAAUAAAAAAGGG